GCCAAAGAAGAAGAAGAAGAACGCACUCUUAAACAACCGGACAAAUGAUCAAAAAGUCCGGAAGUACAAAGAAAACACAACACGCUAAUUUAGCAUGCAAAUGCAGACGUUAUUUAGAUAAUAACAUAGAGUUGUUUUGUCAGAUACAAUAACCACAUAGGAAGAGGACACGUUUAUUCAUAUCUUAUUACUCAAUUUGACGAUCUAAGUCAAGAUGGGAGGAGGUGACCUCAACUUGAAGAAGAGCUGGCAUCCCCAGACUAUGAAAAACAUAGAGCGGGUGUGGAAGGCUGAACAGAAGCACGAGGCUGAGGCGAAAAAGAUUGAGGAGCUUCAGAAGGAGCUGAGAGAGGAACGAGCUCGAGAAGAAAUUACCAGAUUCGCUCAGCAGACUGGGGCUCUAAAGAAAAAAGAUGACCGGUUGGACUGGAUGUACCAGGGGCCAGGUGGUCAGGUGUCCCGUGAUGAGUACCUGCUGGGCCGCCCCAUCGACAAGCAGAUCACCCAGCAGUUUGAGGAGCCAGAGAGCGGUCCAUCCGAACAAACCGGCCUGCUGCCUGGCUCAAUCUUCAACCCCUCCACCCCUGCAUCCAACCUCGACAUGGCCGCCAAGAUCAGAGAGGACCCUCUGUUUGAUAUCAAGAAACGGGAGGAGGAGAAGAAGAGGGAGGUCUUGACAAACCCAGUGAAAAUGAAGAAGAUCAAAGAAAUGCUGCGUCAGAAUCUUGAAAAGAAAGACAAGAAAAAGAAGAGGAAGAAGGACAAGAAGGAGAAAAGGGGGGAGAAAGAGAGGAGAAAGGAGAAGAAGCAUAAGAGAAGGAGCUUGAGCUCAAGCUCUGUGGACGAAGACGAAAUACACAGGCACCAUUCUAAAGAGGAAUCCAAAGAAACAACCCACUCACAUUCCCACCAUUGCAGUGUCCCCGCUGGCUAUGGACUACAGUUUCCAGCUGGGAGGCAUCAUCAGUCCUCAAAGCCCACCAACCACUUAAGGCACCGUUCUCAGGAGAGGAGCCGCUCUCGAUCGCCUCAAAGGACAGACUGGAAUGGCCAUCAUUCCUCUCACAGGACAGACAACCACUCCUCUCACAAAUCAGAGAACCACUCAUCCCACAGGACAGACCAGUUUAAAGUUCCACAGUUCCAGCGCCCCAAAGCCCCCCCCAGCCCACAGAAAGAUCGCUACCAAAGGCGUCAGAGCAGUACUACCAAAUGUCUCUCUGCUGAAGAGCUGGAGAAGAAGAGGAGGGAGAUGAUGGACUUUGCCAAACAGAGAGACGAAGAGCGCGAAAGCAACAUUAGAAGUUACAAACGACAGGAUGAACAGGAGAAGGAGCAGGAGAAAGAGAAAGGCGGCAAGCAUGAUCGCAACGCUGGCUUUAUCCAUAACAUGAAGCUGGAGAGUGCCUCCACCUCUUCCUUGGAGGAUCGAGUCAAGAGAAACAUCCACUCCAUACAGAGGACCCCCGCAUCCCUGGAGAAGAAUUUCAUGAGGAGAUGAGAACUAGAAGAAGCAGGAAUGGGUUGAUUGAGGAGAGAGUAAAAAUAUGCACCAGCUACCACACUGAAAUAUGUGGACCGGUUUGCCAGGACUGCCAACUAAUUAAUAAUUUAAUAAACAAAACAGACACUGCAGAGGCACCAUGCAUUUGUACUCGGGCCCUGUGAAACUGCCCCUAAGCCAUUGCCCUGACUAAAGCAAUGCAAAGGAUUUGACUUCCUCUCUAAUGGAAAAACUCACCCGUGCCAUUCACCAGCAACAGCAAGCCAUACUCACCUUUUAUAGAAUGAGCAAUGUUGGAUUUAUUUUAAGUGGGAAUUGUAUAGUGUGUUCUCUGUAAUGUUUAGGAUUAUAAAAACUUUUAUCAGACAA